UUGAGAAUUUAGUAUUAACGCGACUAAAAAACGAAACGGUUGCUGCAAUAAAACUCUGCAAAUAAUUAUUUUUUAAGCCCUCUGAUUUACUAAAAUAUAAAAAUUUAAUAAUUACGAUGGAAGCCCGUGUAACAAUUGAAACGACGCAGCCAACGACAAAUCCAAUGUUUUUGAAAUAUCCACCACAAAGUGUGCCACCAGCGAAUAGCUGGCACGAAAGAUACAGAAGAAAUGGGCCACAAACAAUGUCGGCGGGAGCAGCUUCCCUUGUCUUAGUUUCGGGUGGCAUGAAUAUCGCCUGGAGUUGUGGCUUCCUCCAAAUACGGGGAUUCACAUCCGAUACGCAUAUAAUGAUUUGCUGGUACAUUGCGGCUAUUAUUGGAGCGUUAGUCUCGGCUUUCGCCACCAAGCACAUAAAAAAGAAAUUGAUUUAUUUGUUUUCCGCUGUCUUGACGCUGAUCGGUGGCAUACUCUUUUUGACACUAUGCGACGAAUAUGGUGGAGUUGCCGCAGCGCGCUACUUGAAUGGCUUUGCUGUGGGUCUGGUCGUUGUACCCAUGAUUGUAUUGAUUGGCGAAUCGGUGGUACCCAGCAAGCGUGGCUCAGCCGCUGGACUGUUAGAGUUUGGCAGUUUCGCUGCGGGCAUCUGUCUGCAAGCAAUCUUCACAGCCGCUUACUUGAAUUCCAUACCAACUUACAACAACACAUUUGGAUCAGCUCAGGUGCAUGGCAUUGUCGUAAUAAUUUGCGGUGGACUCUCAUGUCUGUUGUCAUUCUUCUUCGUCAUCGAAUCACCAGUUUAUUAUCUGCUGCGCAGCGAUGAGAAUGAAGCCAUCGAUUGUUUGCGUCGUCUGCAGCGCCCAUUUGUUUACACUCUCGAAACUCAUCAGCACUUGGACGAGCACAAGCGCUAUAUUGAUGUUAAUGAACGUAUCGACGAUUUGGGCGUGCCAGCCUUGUUGAAGUUGUGCUUGCAUCGCGGCUUGAUUUCACUCGCCUUCUCGCCGCUGACCGUUGUAGCACUGUUGCUGGCCACCUCAAUAAACGUUGGCCCUACCGACACUUGGCCUUUAGUCAUAUUCGGUUUGCUCAUUUGGAUCGGUACUGUGGCUGCGUCUUAUGCCAUCGACUCGAUGGGUCGCAAAAAAAUCGUGCUGAUCGGUGCGCUAUUUUGCGGCGUCUUGGCAUUGGCCAUUGGUGGAAUCUACUAUGAUUUCAUAAACGUUUUCUCAUCGUCCAAAAUGGGUGCCGUUAUGUAUAUGCUCUUUAUAUUGGCAUUCUUUGCGGGCUUCUUCAGCGCCUCAUCUUCGGCUUAUCUGACGGAAGCGUUCCCCUUACACUUGAAAACUUAUUACAUUGCUGUAGCUUUCAUUGUAGAAAUGCUGGUGUUGAUCAUAAUCAGCGUGUGCACUUUUGAUAGAGACAGUCUUGGUUCGUAUUACAUUACAUUUGGCGUGUUUUAUGUGGUCUUUUUCGUUGCGGGCAUCGUCCUGUUGCCUGAGACAAGGCAAACUACUUUACGCAAUGCUCAAAGCAAAUUCACCACGUUAAUAACCGGUUGGUAGUAAAUAGAAGUAGUACAUAUGUAUGUAUGAUAUAUGUAUAUACAUAUAUUUAGGAAGUAAAAUGUUGAAUAUAUAAUAAUAAGAUAAGUAUAUUAUGGAAAUAAUUAUGUUUAC